UAAAGUUCUUUGCGAUUGGUCAAUGAGCUGUUGCCACAUGACCACGUCUGUGCUACUCCAUGAAGGUAAAUCUAAAUGACUCGGAUGAUAUUUCAUGUUUUAAUUUUAGUAGUUAUUUUUAAUAGCCAUUGGUUUGGUGAUGGCAGUAGCAGACCCCUUUUUACUGCGCUAAGCCCCGCCCAUUUUCUACCUCGUUUGUCUAUCCGCUCAUUAUACUGUCCCUGGAAGACCGUAACCAGCGGGUUUCAGUUCUGAGCAUUGAGCGCUGAUGCGGCCUGCACUCAAUGAGUCUUGGAUGUACAUAUGAAUGCACGCUACAAUUAUUACAUCUAAUGGGCUAGCUCAAUGUUACAGUCUUUGCAAGAUCUAUGUUUCCGGCGGCUCCGAUGUUUUCAAUCGUAAUCUUGCUCUCAUUCCUGGCUGUUUCGGCUGAUGCGGAUUUUUUCCAGUUCGACAGCAUUUCAAAUGUUUCUACCUAUUAUUUCAAUUACAUCUAUUGCAAUAUUUGGGAAGGAGACUGUCAACCACACCAGGAUGAUGCGGCCCAACAAGUGCCUACUGGGGACAUUUGGUCAGGGUUUCCCCAGUACUACACUGGCAUGCUGACUGCUUGGUACUGCAGCCUGGGUCAGUGCUGUGAUUCAGGAGACUGUAGGAUUACAAAUAAUAUCACAGGAUUGGAAAGAGAUCUACAGAUGAAGCUCCAUGGGCAGCACCUGGCCCAGUCUGUGAUUCUGAAAGCCAUCCAAGGCUUCAUCAAAAACCCCGAGUCCAACAAACCACUGACUCUGUCCUUUCAUGGCUGGUCUGGAACAGGCAAGAACUUUGUGGCCCGGAUAGUAGCGGACAACCUGUACCGGGAUGGUAUAAAGAGUGAAUGUGUGCGUUUGUUCAUUGCCCCUUUCCACUUCCCUCACGAGAGAUUGGUGGAUGUGUACAAGGGCCAGCUAAGAGAAGCCAUUCGAGACAUGGUCCUGCGAUGCCCACAGACUCUCUUUAUCUUUGAUGAGGCAGAAAAGCUUCAUCCAGGACUCAUCGACGCCAUAAAGCCCUAUAUGGACCACUAUGAUAAUGUGGAUGGGGUCAGCUAUAGGAAAGCCAUAUUUCUGUUCUUAAGCAAUAUCGGUGGUGGUGCCAUCAAUGAGGUGGCACUGGAUUUCUGGCACUCAGGACAGAAUAGGGAAGAUAUCGGCAUGGAAGACUUAGAACAUCUUCUGCGUGCUGAAGCCAUGGAGGCAGAAGGAGGUUUUGCUCAGAGCGAGCUCAUGUCAGGACAUCUGAUUGACUUCUUUGUACCAUUCUUGCCGCUGGAGUACCGGCAUGUGAAACUGUGUGCACGUGAUGCAUACGCAGCUCGUGGCCUUCAGCCGGAUGAGGGGACGCUGGAUGAAGUGGCUAAAGCCAUGCUGUACGUUCCUAAAGAGGAGAAACUCUUCUCUGCACAGGGCUGCAAAUCCAUUCCUCAAAGGAUCAAUUUCUUUCUACCAUAACAGAGCGUAGCAUAAGAUCAGUGACAUUAAAGAAACACAGAGUAUACUUGAAUGAAGCAGAAAUGACUGCUGAUAUCUGAAAUGCAAAUGCAAACAAUGCAGAAAAAACUUCAUAUAUAGAGUUGCAACUCUAUAUCUUACACUCUGAGAGUCAGGACAGGGAGAGAGGGGUUUGCUUGUGACAAACCCUACUGAAAUUAUAUUUUUAAGAACUUUUUAUCUACAUUUAUCUUAUCCGCUUCUCCCAAGCAGUGAUACAGUUAAAAAAACUGCAUUUACAGUAAUGCAUUUACAAUGGAAGCCUCUUAAUCAAGCAAGCAAAACCACAGUGUAAGUUUUUUUUAAUUUUUUAUUUACAGUUAAAAGAGAAUUGCUGUUCACAACCUUUUUUUACUUUCAUAAUAUGUAUUUCUGAGCAAAGCAGGAUAUUCAAUAGAAAAAUGAAUUGAUUGGAUCUGCUAGGCUUUCCUUGUAAGCAUAUCGUUGUCAAAUGAGUUUUAGUUUUCACAAACUAAAAGGCCAUUUUAAAUGAUUUCCGACCCGCAGAUCCAUUUUUCUUUAACCUCGGAUAUAUCUUUUAGUUGCUGUUUAAGAACUUUGCAUAUUUUUGGCAUUUCAAUUAUUGUCUGCAU